AUGAAUGCCGGGCACAUUAAGGUUCAGCAGCAACGCAUUGCGGCCUCCGUGGACUGGACCAGAGAAAGGUUUACCAUGGACGAUCGCUGCGCUCGGGCGGUAGAAGAGGCUUUCAUUCGCUUCCAUGAGCAAGGCCUCAUCUACCGGGACAACCGACUGGUGAAUUGGUGCCCAUACCUUCGGACCGCACUGUCAGAUCUGGAAGUGGAUCAUGAAGACAUCACUGGCAAGACCUUGGUAGAUGUGCCUGGCUUGAAGGACAAGGUGGAGGUGGGGGUGCUCUGCGAGUUCAAGUACAAGGUGAAGGGCACCGACAAGGCUCUGGUGGUGGCUACGACACGUCUUGAGACGAUGCUUGGAGACACCGCUGUGGCCGUGCAUCCUGAGGAUGACAGAUACAAGGAGUUCCACGGGAAAGAGCUGGAGCAUCCCUUCUUCCCCAAUCGGAAGAUGGUGGUGAUCGCAGACGAGAUGGUGGACCGAGAGUUCGGCACCGGAUGCGUGAAGAUCACACCAGCGCACGACAACAAUGACUUUAAGGCGGGCCAACGUCACAAGCUACCGCAGAUCAACGUGUUCACAGAGGAUGGUAUGAUCAACGAGAAUGGUGGCGAAUUCAAGGACCAGCAUCGCUUUGCAGCAAGGCGGACGGUGCAGGAUGCUCUUGAGAAGAAAGGCCUCUGGGUGGGAAAGAAAUCUCACGCCAUGCGCUUGGGCUUCUGCUCGCGGUCUAAAGACAUUAUCGAGCCAUACCUGAAACCGCAGUGGUGGAUGAACUGCCAGGAUCUUGCCAGACGGAGUGUAGAGGCCCUGGAGCAAGGUGAGCUCAAGAUUCUGCCCGAGUUUCAUCACCAGACCUGGUACCACUGGCUCAGGAACAUCCAAGAGUGGUGCAUCUCCCGCCAGCUCUGGUGGGGGCACCGUAUCCCGGCCUACAAAGUGGUAAAGCCGGCGCAGGCUGAGGAGAAGUGGUUUACUGGUCGCUCGCCCGCGGAGGCCGCGGCCAAGGCUGAGAAGGCCCUGGGGACCAAGGUGGAAGUGGAGCAGGAUGAGGAUGUGCUGGACACCUGGUUCUCCUCAGGUCUGUUCCCCUUCUCCGUGUUCGGCUGGCCAGACACCGAGAACAACGAGGACUUCAAAGCAUUCUUCCCGACCUCCCUCCUGGAGACGGGUCAUGACAUCCUCUUCUUCUGGGUAGCCAGGAUGGUGAUGAUGUCCCUUGGACUCACGGGCAAGCUCCCAUUCCACACGGUAUACCUUCACGCCAUGGUGCGCGAUGCCCACGGCAGAAAGAUGUCGAAAAGCCUUGGCAACGUGAUCGAUCCCUUGGAGGUGAUUGAUGGCAUCUCCCUUGAAGACUUGCACAAAAAGCUCUACGAGGGAAACCUUCCUGAGAAGGAGAUCGAGAAGGCCAAGAAGGGUCAGAAGGAGGACUACCCCGACGGCAUCCCAGAGUGCGGUGCAGAUGCACUGCGCUUCGGCCUUUUGGCCUACACGCUGCAGGGUCGAAACGUGAACCUCGACAUCAACCGCGUGGUGGGCUACAGACACUUCUGCAAUAAAGUGUGGAACGCCACCAGGUUUGGGCUGAUGUAUUUCGGCAGCGACUUCACCUUCCCGGGCUCCCUGCGCGCGGAUCAGGCUUUGGCCUGGGAGGAUCGAUGGAUCCUGUCGCGACUCUCCUUCUGCGCCCAGAAGGCCAAUGACGCCAUGCAGAAGUACGAGUUCGCCAAUGCGACAACAGCGACAUACAGUUUCUUUCUGUAUGAGCUGUGUGACGUGUAUCUUGAACUGCUGAAACCCCGUUUCUACGGGGAGACCCAAGAUGAGAGCAUUUUGAAAGACCGGCAGGUGGCCAGAGAAGUGCUCUACGUGUGCCUUGAUUGGUCCAUGCGCUUGAUGCACCCUCUGCUGCCGUACCUGACUGAGGAGCUCUAUCAAAGGCUGCCCCCCUCACCCACGAAGUGCGAAAGCGUGACGAUCGCGCCGUACCCGGUGCACGUGAUCGCCUGGCAGAACGAAGCCCUAGAGAAAGAGAUGGAGGUAACCAGCGAAAUCGCCGGGAAGUUCCGAUCCCAGAAGCAGUCCUUGGGCUUCUCGCCUGGAGCGCGGCCUGAGGCCUACAUCCGGCACUCGGACCCCGAGUUGCGAACAAUGGUGGACAAGCUCAAGAACCAGAUCUCGCGAAUGGCUGCCGUGGGCACCAUCACGGUGCUUAAGGAGGCGGAUAAAGACCCCAGCCAAACCAUGCGCGAUGUGGUGAAUGAGAAGUGCCUCAUCUACACCAAGGUGGAAGGACUGGACCUGUCAGGCGAGAAAGUCAAGCUUGAGAAGAAAGUGACCUCCGCAGAAAAGAUGGUGGAGUCCUACAAGCAGAAGAUGGCCGUGCCGGGCUACGAAGAGAAGGUGCCUGAGAAGGUGAGGGAGACCAAUGCCCAGAAGCUGCAGGUUGGACAUGGGAUUCUACAGAAGGGGUUAUAG